AAAACAAGCACCUGUUGCCUGCAGACAGAAAACCAGGAGAAGAGACAGAAAGUCUGGUGGGGAAACAAGUGGAAUACGUUACCGACAAGGGUGUGAAGAGGACAGGACUGGUCAUCUACCAGGUCCCAGCCAAGCCCUCUGUGUACUAUAUCAAAUAUGACGAUGACUUUCAUAUUCAUGUCUAUGACCUGGUCAAAACCACCUAGACCUUGUGGACACUUUUAUCCCAUUCACUUUUUUGUAUAGUCUUUGUUCAUUUCUGUUAUUCAAAACCGAGGCAGGGUUGAAUAGUAACAGAUAUGCUUUAUUGUUCAGAAAUUAGAAAUCUUUUUGUUUUUAUGCACAGURGGACUGUAGCACUGCUAUGCUUUUUUUUUUCCUUUUUUUUUUGAAGGGGUUGGGUGUUUGCUUCUUAUAAAACGUUACAUUGGACACUUGAAUAUUGUGCUCCUAUGGGCCGUGCAGUUGUUACUGCAAUAUAUUGUUGCCAUUAAUCAGUCUGUUAAACGAUUCUCUUAAGUCCCAUUGACUAUAAAAGCAGCACAGAA